CUCAAAAAACCCUUACCUUUACACUUUCAGUAGUCCUGACAUUGAUAAAGUUUCAAUAUUCGUCAGUGUGAAAAUAGACUUCAUCAACAUGAGACACACUUCAGUCUGUGGACUGCUCUUGCUGUGUGUCCACUUCUACUUUGUGAACACAGGAUCUUCAUCUCAUCAUGUGCUGCGUCGGGAGACCAGCCCCAAAAGUAAUCACUCUGCAAGACUGGGAACAUCGCUAGAAGUGUCUCCGACCUGGUAUCUCAGUGUGGGCGACACUGUAGAGAUCAAGUGUUACACACACACUGACAUAAAGAACAACAGUGACAAAAUGGACCUGCAGCUGGUUUGGACCAAGAUGGGCCCUGGAGAGAGGACGAAGAAGGUCCUGGUGAGCCAGCAAGCGUCUAAAGGCUUCUCCUAUACUCUGGGCCCCGUUACCCAUGAGCACCAGGGUGUUUACACCUGUGAUGAUGACGAAACUUUACCUGAUGUUUAUGUUCAUGAUUGGCACCGAAUAAUCUGGGUGGCUGAUGAUUCUCCAAGAGCUUCCUUAGAUGUGAUCAGCCACAACAGGACCCAAUUCUUCCACGAUGAGGCGUUCACUGUGAGCUGCCAGCUGCCCGACAAUAACACCCAGUGGAAGAUGAUGAGUUUUGACGAUUGGUUGGGGAAUAUCACAGAGUGUCCCAAUCAAGUGUCUUCAGACCGCCGCCUGUCCUGCUCCGGACAUUCUGCAAACCCCUGGUCGGACGUACCGUACUGGUGUGAGAAUCCAGCAGGGGAGAGGAGCAACGCCCUAAACAUUAGCACCACUGUUGUGUCAGUGGUUAUGGAGAGUCCGUCACUCCCUGUGUUGGAGGGGGAGGACGUGAUGCUGCGCUGUUUACAUAGAAGCAGUACCACCAACGAAAUCACCUCCAACUUCAGAGCCAUCUACUACAAGAAUGGCCGUCCGAUCGGUCAUACAACUGACGGCAGCAUAUUUACACUGAAAGCUGUGACCAAAGCUGAUGAGGGAGUCUACAAAUGUCGCCACCCAGUGGACAGAGACUCUCCUGACAGCUGGAUCACUGUUAAAGCUGGGCCCGAUGAAGACCAGAAGAAGAAGAGUGACAACAAGACCUCUUAGAUGUUCUCUGGCAACGCUCCACAUACAGGCCCAGUCACAUGCUCUCUGAUUGGUCAAUUAAACCAACCUGAUCUCAUAACAGCAGACUUCAAGACUUUCUGUAUUUGUUUCUGUUCUGCAUCACAUUAAAAGCUACAUGUGCAAGUUUUCUGACUUAUAAACCUGUAAACACACAUUA